UUCCUGGCUCUUCUUUGUGGCGGAGGGAGGAUCUCGGAAUGCUGCCAGCUGGUGACAGAUGCAGGGCUUCACUGAACCUCUCCAGCAGCGAGAAACACAGGAAGACGAGUUACCGCAGUCAACAUGCCUCAGUAUUCUGACCUGGAGAGUGCCAUUGAUACACUGGUCAGCCAGUUCCACUCCGCUUCAGCAGACAAGUCUCCGACGCUGAAAAGUGAUGAAUUCAAAAAUCUUUUGUCCUCCCAGAUGCCCAAUCUGAUGAAGGGCGUCGGCACCGACCAGGGAUUUGGUGAUAUCCUGCGGAAGAUGGGUGUAGGUGAUGGCGAGGGGAUCUCUUUCAAGCACUUCUGGAAUUUAAUCCAGUCACUAGCCACCUCGCAGUUUGGCCACCUUAGCGGUCAGAAGGGCUCGUCAUGCAGCUGUAUUCUCCUGUAAAGAGCAGCUUCUCAGCCCAACACGUAUUUGGAAAUUUAACUCAGCAGAGUAACACAUACACAUCACGCUCAUAAAGAAUUGUCAAACAUAAUACAAGGGUUCAAAAUCCAUUCUAAGCAUUGAUGACUAAACAUUACAGUUUUAACUAGUUUACCUUUGAAUUCAGAUUACUUUGUUUAAGUUCAAAGUAAAAUGUAAACUGAUUUUGAAUAAAAUACUCAAUUUGUCCUCCUUUGUAUUAUUAUUUUUUUUUACAUUUAUCAUGCUGCACAUGUUACAAUAGCCUAAACCUUAUGUGAUUAGACUCCAGUGUCACUGGUGUCUGAAUGUUCUUCUCUCUUUGCUUCAAGAUGCUCAUCAUAUUUAGUUCUUUGGGUGUUUGGUCCAAAAAGUGUUCUACAAAUUUUAAAACUAUAAAUCUUACAAACACCUCUGCUUUGAAUAAAAACAUACAUGGAACUAAGUUGGUUGUUUGAAAAAGAAAGCUGGUAGCUAUCGUCAAAACCAGAGUGAAUAACUUCUGUCCCGUUCAUGUCGCUCCAGUUUGUCAUGUUUUUGAUUUGCAAAAGUGUUGGGUGCUUUAAAACUGGUCCAUAUCACUAUAUUAAUGGUCUGCUGGUGUGGUAUUUUCAACUUGAUAUGUAUUUCUUAAUAGGUCAGAGGUCAACAUUUUAAAUGGUUAGGUCAAUGAAAUACAAAAAAAAAGGUAAAACAUGAUUUACUAUUUUAGAAAAGGGAACAAAAAACAAGCUCCGCCUUCCCUUGCCUAAUAAUAGUCACGCCAGGUGACGUUCCAAUUAUGUGGUCAACUUUAAGAGAGAUUUAACAUCAAGUCAUUGGAAAUAUUCAUCACUUUCAGACCUCUGAAGUGUAGAAUUUAUUUCCUGGCUUGUAGAAAGUUGACUCGCGAGUAAAUUGUUUCUCAGUAACAAAACACGUUGUUUUGUAUUAUUUCUAAUAAUAGAAUUAUAUUUGAAAUCUCAAAUUGUGCCUUUGUAAUAUUCCCUCAUUCUAGAAUGCUUUGCCUCUGAUUCUGAUUUCUGUGUAUUUAUAUUUUAUAAUUCUCUGUAGUCUGACCUUUGACGCCAAAAGAAAAGUGAUUUAAUGAACAUUUAAAUAAACAUGUAACGAGUUUCCCAAUAUCA